CUGCGCCGCCCUGCGCGCCUCGCACCGGCACCGGCUCCGGCUGCGCCCGCUCCCCGCGCCGGGGCCCGCCGCCCCGCCCGCCUCCCCGGCCCGCCCGCCGGUGGCGCCGGCACCCGCCGGCCCGGCAUGAAGGUGCUGCGGCACAAGAUCGAGCUGCUGACAGGGAGACCUGGGAGGCUCCCAGGGGCUGGGGCGGAGGAGACCGAGGCAGGACCUUCCCUGACAUCUCCCUUGCCCUGGGCAGGGCUGCUGCUGCAGGAGAUGACCAUGGCAGGGCUGCACGAGCUGCGCUUCACUGAAGAGAAGCCGCUGCUACGGGGCCAGGAUGCUGAGCUGGAGAACUCGGAUGUCUUCCUCUCCGCUGUGGACAUGGACUGGAAGGAACAUGACAUUGAGACCCCCUAUGGGCUGCUGCACGUGGUCAUCCGGGGCUCACCCAAGGGGAAUCGCCCGGCGAUCAUGACGUACCAUGAUGUGGGCCUCAACCACAAGCUUUGCUUCAACACCUUCUUCAACUUUGAGGACAUGCAGGAGAUCACAAAGCACUUUGUGGUGUGCCAUGUGGAUGCACCGGGCCAGCAGGCAGGAGCCUCGCAGUUCCCUCAGGGGUACCAGUACCCAUCCAUGGACCAGCUGGCUGCCAUGUUACCCAGCGUGGUGCAGCAUUUCGGGUUCAAGUAUGUGAUCGGGAUCGGUGUCGGGGCAGGAGCCUACGUGCUGGCCAAGUUUGCGCUUAUCUUCCCUGACCUGGUUGAAGGGCUGGUCCUCAUGAACAUCGAUCCCAAUGGCAAAGGCUGGAUUGACUGGGCAGCUUCCAAGAUCUCUGGCCUCACUAGCACACUGCCGGACAAUGUUCUGUCCCACCUGUUCAGCCAGGAAGAGCUGGUGAACAACACGGAGCUGGUGCAGAGUUACCGGCAGCAGAUCGGCAGCGUGGUGAACCAGUUCAACCUCCAGCUCUUCCUCAACAUGUACAACAGCCGCAGGGACCUGGACAUCAACCGGCCUGGGACUGUGCCCAAUGCCAAGACACUGAGCUGCCCCGUGAUGCUAGUGGUUGGAGACAACGCACCUGCUGAGGAGGGGGUGGUGGAGUGUAACUCCAAGCUGGAUCCUACCAACACCACCUUCCUGAAGAUGGCUGACUCUGGUGGGCUGCCCCAGGUCACACAGCCCGGCAAGCUGACGGAAGCCUUCAAGUACUUCCUGCAAGGCAUGGGCUACAUUGCCCACCUGAAGGAUCGGAGGCUGAGUGGAGGCACAGUGCCAUCCGCCAGCAUGACCCGCCUGGCACGCUCCCGCACGGCCUCCCUCACCAGCACCAGCUCAGUGGAUGGCACCCGCCCACGUGCCUGCACCCACUCGGAGAGCACCGAGGCCAUGGGGCAGAUCAACCACACCAUGGAGGUAUCGUGCUGAAGUCCACACCCACCGCCAGCGUCGCCUCCAGAGCCAUCUCUCAUCCGUCAGCAUCCCGCCAGCACCCACCCACCCACUCCGUGGACAUCCUCCACCAGGGCCCUCGCUCCUUUGGGGUUGGUUUGUCUCUGCCACUGGCCUCAUCCCCUUGUCUGGUACCGGAGGAGAGGGCCUUUGCUUCCCUGCCUCCCAGCUCCAGCUCCUGGCUUCCUCCAGCAGUCACACAUGGUUCUGUAUUGUUCCGCACCCUCCCUAGCAUCGACUUGCCCCUGGCUCGGGAGGGUGGGCCAGGAUGGGGAAAUAGGGGCAGGGUGGCAAGAUGGGGACAGGAUGGUGGGAUGAGGCAGGACAGCAGGACGUGAAGAGAACACAGGAGGUAGGUUGGUUCCUCCAAGGUCAACCGAUAGCUGGCUAAGCCAGGCGAAAGACAGGGACAGGGAGCAGCACUCACUGGGAGGUCACUGGGCCCUUCCUGGGGAUGCAGCUCCUGUUUCUCCCCACUGGCCCUCCCUGGGGAGAGCUAGUAUGGGAUCCUCCUGCAUGCCCAGGACCUGCUGCCCUGGAGCUGGCUGACCAUUGUGAGAAAUCACAGCCCAAACCGUCCCCUUGCCCUGGUCCUGUACCCUGAGGGCUGCCCUGGGGCAGGUGGAGGGGGUUCAGCCCUGGUCCAGAAGCCCUCAGGGCAGGAGGGUGGCAUGGGGGUUGUCCUGCUGCUGCCCCCACUCUCAGCCAUGGUGGCACCUCCUUGUUCCCUUGUCGCAAGAAGUACAAUCACCGCCUACCACCAAACACACACCGGGGGGGAUAGGGGGCCGUGUGCCCUGACUUGCUUGGUCCCUGCCACACCGGCAGCUCCAGCUCUUGGGCUGAGGCCACCAGGGCUCAGAAGCCACUGGGUUUGGGGAUGUCACAUGGCAAAUCCUCCUUUCAGUUUUGCCACAGCCUGUGGGUGUCACCACAGCGCAGCCAUUAGCAAUAAGAUGUGACACUCCCCCCCUGCAAUGCUGGGGAGCCCUCAGCACCCUCUGCCCUGCAGGGUGCAUCACUGCAAGGUGCUGGCAGUGUGGGGUGAGCCACCGGACAUGGGGAGCACCCAAGAAUCUGGCUUUGUCCACAGGCUGGCUUUGCCCACAGAGCUGGCCAGACCCACCAUGGCCACCCAAACCCACCCACACCCCCUCCAAGCCCAGCAUCUUGCCUGCACAUUGAGUGGGGCGUCUCUCAAGGGCUUGGGUGGGGGACAAAUCCAGCCAGCAGCUCCAGGUGGAUCCAGCCACAUGCUCGACAUGGAGAGCUGCGUCAUCACAUAACCCCACCAUCGUCCACCCCGCCUCAGCUGCUGCCCCUGGUCCACCCCGCGGGCAGCAGAACCCAGCUAGCUCCUCCUGCACCUGGGGUAAGAGGGCCCUUUGUGCUGACGGGUGCUCAGGUCUUUGUGGGUGGUCCGGGGGGGACCCACUGGGUGCCACCGUCUGGGCAAGCAGAAUCAGCCUGCUGGGAGCAGGUCCCACCCAGCCCUCCGAAAGCACUCGCUCUCCACUGACCCUGUCCCCACUCCCCAGUGAGGGCCACAGGGGUCCUGGGGCUCCCAGUGGGUAUACGAGGGCUUUUGGCCUGAGACCCAUGCCUUGCCCAGUCCCUCCCAUAUUGAAAUGGCCACCCCAAAAACACCAGUGUCCCCAUUUGUCCCCCACUUUGUCCUGCCAUGUGCUUCCUUCUCAGUGUGACUCUGAAAGCUAUGUAGCUCCUUUUUACUGUAGAUACCGCUGCAAUCUCUUGUUUUCUCAGUGUGUCUUUCCUAGAUAAUAUAUAUAUAUAAAUACCUAUACCUAAUAUAUAUAAGGGUUUGUCCAGUCCCUGACCUUUUUGGGUUCAUUCCCCUCAUCCUCAUCCACGCAGUGCCGUGUGGUUUCCCUGGAGGUAGUCUGGCUGUGCUCACCUUCAGUUCCUCAGCUUGGUUUUGUUGGUCAGUUUGGUUUUCCUUGGUGGUUUGUUCUUUUGAUUUUUGUUGGUUUUCCUUUUUUUCCCAGUCACAGCAGAAUUUAACGCAUUUUCCUGUCUGAGUGCAACCUGGUUUUGUCACAGCGGCAUCAAGGCCGCAGCACUCAAGAGAUGGCAAUAUGUAAACUGGAUUUAACUAACCUGUUGCUGUAGAGAGGAUUUACUCUGUUGGAAAAAAAACAAACAAACUAAUAAAGAUGUUAAGAACCUGC